CUGGCCAUGGUGGGGAGCCAGGGGGCGGUGGGACUCGGGCAGGGGUGGCAGUGGUCUCCUGGGAUCACAAAGGGACUCCCUGAGCCACCUCGUCAUGGGGGAGGCAGCCAGACACUGGGCCCUGACCUGUCCCCUCUGCUCUGCGACCUGUGGCCUCCUGUGGAAUGGGCAUACUUGGUGGUGCCCAGGAGAGCUGGUAGGGGCCAGCCAAGGCCAUCUGUCACUGGAGGCUCAGGGUGGGACACAGCCACACCAGCGUGGGGACGCUGGAAGGCUUGGUACCUGUGGAGUCGCAGAUGGCUCAGCCAGACUGGGUCAGGGAUGGAGGGCACAGGUGUGAACUGAGGCCCCUGGGAUGGGCCAGCAAGAUGCCUAGGGACCCUUGGCCCUGGCCAGAGGGAGUGCGGGGCCUGUCCUGGUGUGAGGCUGCCCAGCACCUUGGACAGCAGCCAGCAUGCUCAGUGCCCGCCUGGCCCGACCUGCUUCCCGUCCCUGGCACCUCCUCAGGUGGCCCCCAGCCAAGGUUGGCCUGAGUGCCCGGGGCCCCGAGUGGGAUAGUGUGGACGCCGGUAGGGCCAGGACAGGAGCCCCAUCCAGACCAUGGGCAUCAAGACAGCACUGCCUGCUGCCGAGCUGGGCAUCUACUCCCUGGUGCUGAGUGGGGGCCUGGCCUUUGCUGCCCGGGGCCUCCUGGAGGCGUCGCAAGAUGGGGCCCACAGGAAGGCCUUCCAGGAGUCCGUGCGCCCUGGCUGGGAGUAUAUCGGCCGGAAGAUGGAUGUGGCUGACUUCGAGUGGGUGAUGUGGUUCACCUCCUUCCGCAACGUCAUCCUCUUUGCCCUCUGUGGACACGUGCUCUUUGCCAAACUGUGCACCAUGGUUGCUCCCCAGCUGCGCUCCUGGGUGUAUGCAGUGUACGGCAUCCUGGCCGUGGGGGCCACUAUGGGCCCCUGGUACCUGCUGCUGCUGCUCGGCCACUGCGUGGGCCUGUAUGUCGUGUCCCUCCUGGGCCAGCCAUGGCUCUGCCUCGGCCUUGGCCUGGCCAGCCUGGCCUCCUUCAAGAUGGACCCGCUCAUCUCCUGGCAGAGUGGGUUUGUAACGGGCACUUUUGAUCUCCAAGAGGUGCUGUUCCAGGGGGGCAGCGGCUUCACCGUGCUUCGCUGCACCAGCUUCGCGCUGGAGAGCUGCGCGCACCCCGGCCGCCGCUACUCACUGGCUGACCUGCUCAGAUACAACUUCUACCUGCCCUUCUUCUUCUUUGGGCCCAUCAUGACCUUCGACUGCUUCCACGAGCAGGUGAGCCAGGCGGAGCCGGUGCGGCCCGAGGGUGAGCUGUGGCGGAUCCGGGCACAGGCGGGGCUCAGCGUGGUCACCAUCGUGGCCAUGGACAUCUUCUUCCACUUCUUCUACAUCCUCACCAUCCCCAGUGACCUCAAGUUUGCCAACCGCCUCCCAGACAGCGCCCUGGCUGGCCUGGCCUACGCGAACCUGGUGUACGACUGGGUGAAGGCAGCCGUCCUCUUUGGCGUCGUCAACACCGUGGCGCGCCUGGACCACCUGGACCCACCGCGGGCUCCCAAGUGCAUCACCGCGCUCUAUGUCUUCGGGGAGACGCACUUCGACCGGGGCAUCAACGACUGGCUGUGCAAGUACGUGUACGACCACAUCGGUGGGGCGCACUCGGCUGUGAUCCCUGAGCUGGUGGCCUCGGUGGCCACCUUUGCUGUCACCACGCUGUGGCUUGGGCCCUGUGACAUCGUCUACUUGUGGUCAGUCCUCAACUGCUUCGGCCUCAACUUUGAGCUCUGGGUCCAGAAGCUGGCAGAGCACAAGCCCCUGGCACAGAUUGAGGCCUCCCUGUCAGAGCAGAUGAGCCGCCGGGCACGGGCCGCCUUUGGUGCCGUGAACUUCUGGGCCAUCAUCAUGUACAACCUCGUGAGCCUGAACAGCCUGGAGUUCACAGAGCUGGUGGCUCGGCGCCUGCUGCUCACAGGGUUCCCGUGGACCACGCUGGCUGUCCUGUUUGUCACCUACUGUGGCGUCCAGCUGGUGAAGGAGCGGGAGCGAGUGCUGGCCCUAGAGGAGGAGCCUGGGCUGGACAAGGAGAAGCCGGAGUAGCAAGGGCAGGGAGGUCCAACCAGGAAUAAAGCCUUGUCUGCCACGCCUGGGCUCCUGUGCUCUUCCUUGC